UAGGUUUAGUCGGUGCCCGGAGGAAGUAAUACAUGCGACAAUAUGGCCGUGUUGGCUGCUGAGUGAACAAGGGAGCAACUUGACUUAAUGCUGGAAAAGCUCCGCCACUAUCCAUCUUGUAGUAGUGCCCAGUAUUGCUUCGAUCCAUACAUCUGUACACAUGGCAAACUCGCUGGAUUACAGGACCCAUGUCGACCAGUCAUGUAGAUAUUCAGAAGAAUUUGUCAACAUUUACUACGACUGCAUGGACAAGAAAAGAAGGAACUUGACGCGACUCUACCUGGACAAGGCCACGUUGGUGUGGAACGGCAACGCCGUGUCAGGGCCGGACGCUUUGGGCGACUUUUUUGAGUCGCUGCCAUCAAGCGAGUUCCAGGUUCAAACGCUGGAUUGUCAGCCAGUUCACGAACAAGCAACCCAAGGCCAGACUACACUGCUCGUGGUGACUGGUGGGACAGUCAAGUUUGAAGGGAACAAACAGCGUUUCUUCAACCAGAACUUUCUUUUAACAGCUCAGGCUUCACCCAACAAUGACCAGCCUGUUUGGAAGAUUGCUAGCGACUGUUUCCGAUUUCAAGACUGGAACAGCUGAGGCUCUCCCCAUCUAAGCUUUAUGUAUGAACAGUCAACACACACCGUCUUGAAAAUUAAGAUGCUGUUGGUUUAUUUCUAUUUUUUGGUAAUAAAAUAAAAAAUGUCAUACAAGACUGAUUAUAAAAAGAUGUUUAU